AUGGCGUGGUAUUCGUUUAUCCGCGACGAGCGCCUCGUCGGCUUGGGCCUGAUGGCCGCUGCCACGGUCGGCAUGUACGUGGGAGUGCGCGCGGCGCUGCAGCCGUACCAUGCCUCCAGUGUGGUCUACCCGGCGAUGCCCAAGACGCAGUACAUUACGCAAGACACCGAGGACUCGCUGUCCGCCGACACCCUCAACAGCCUGCUCGACCACUACAACUUUUCGAUCCGCGAGACGGCCGCCAAGAUCGUGUGCGAUCGGGCCAUCAACGACGACGCCACGCUGCGGCGUUUGCUCUGGGGCAUGGGCCGGCCGGCGUACGACGAACGCAUGAUGAGCCUGCGCGCGCUGUCGAUGCUGACGGACCAGACCACUAUGCACCGGCUCAACUCCAAGGAGGCGUUUGCCGCGUUUGUGCGGUGUCUCGAGCAGUGCAUGGCGACCAACGUGCGCGAGGGCGUCGGCGUCGACGGCAUCGGCAGCGACGAGGGCAGCACCCUGAUCGACGACAUUUACUUUGACGACUACUACCUGCGCGACUACUCGGAGAAGCUGUGCCUCAUGUUCUUGGCGCAGCUGACCGACAAGUACGACAUUGACCUGCUCGUGCGCGUCGGGUUUGUCGAGCGCUGGCUGGCCAAGCAGCGCUGGGGCCCGCCGGCCGCGCGCGCCGACAACUGGGCGAGUUUUGUGCGGCACCGCGACAACCGCAUCGCGGACAUUUGCCGGCGCCUGCGGGACACGCUGCUGGGGCGCAGUGCGCUGCGGAAAGCCGGGCUGUUGGAGGUCGUCCCGCCCAGCGCACGUCAAGGCGCGCGGUCGCACAGCCACAAGCAGCUGGAUCUGCUGCAGCUGCCGCUGUCGCCCCUGGAUGCGCCGCUGCGGCUGGAGCUGCGGACGUCGCCGUUGCAGGUCAGAGCGAUCGGUGCCACAGGCGUCGAGGUCGAGGCUGCCGACGUUGCCGCGGAACACGCGCGAGGCACCGAUGGCGAGGUGCCUGCGGCGGUUUUGACCAAUGUGCGCACCGUUCUGAGUGCUCUGGACGGGUUGGCCGACGGCGAUGGCGACGGCGACGGUGCAGCGGAAGCCGUUGACGGCGUGGACGGCGACGACGUCGAGGGCGAUGCGCAAUCGGCUGCAGGCGGCCCAAGCACGUCUGCGCCCACGCGCCCACGUCAACCGCGACCACCCAUCCAGAGCUCCCGUGAAGAGCAGCGCAUUCGGCGCCAACACCGCGAGGCGAUGGUGCUCAACGACGGGACGCGGCCGCUGCGACGCGACGACAUAUUUGAGCGGGAAAGCGACUGA